AUGAACGUAGAGGAGAGACCUGGAACAUCGUUUACGUCGAAGAGACAGGUUCAGACUGAGCAGAGGAAGAGAUAGCAAAUGAAUUUGGGCACUUUGGAGACUGAGGACAAAAGUGUAAGCUUCGUGGUACUUAUUGUAGACAGGAAUGAAAAUGAGACCAAUUACUCAAGACCAGCAGAGAAACAGUUUGCAAUAGAAGAGAUAGAAGAUGAUUCCUUAGGCAAUUUUAUACGACAGGGAAUCUUUGUAUGAGGAAGUUAUUAAUGCAAAAUAAAUCAAUAACAAUUUGUCGAGAGAGAACCAGGCUCUACAUACCAAAAUAAAAAUGAUGGAUGUAAAAUUGAUUAAGACUUAUAGGAAGAAUUACAAAGAAUGGUUAGAGCAACUCCGAUAAGCGAGCAAGUGGUCAACAACAUGGAAUCAUUUUACUAGGAUUGCAAGCCUUCGAAGCAGCAUUUGAUUAUGGAUCUAAAGAAAUAACUGAGGAGAUUGCAAGAGGAAUCGAUCAAAAAGGAUCAGCAAAUACAAUUUCUGUAAAAAAAUACAAAAGCAAUGAAAAUAAAAGAACUGGAAAUCGAAUUAAUGUCCUAUCAGCAAGAAGCACAGAGAUUAAAAGCUUUGAUCGGAAUGAAAUUUAAUGAUUCCGAUAAUGAUCUUUACAGAUUGAGAGCUGAUUAUAAGCUAAUGGAGGAUGAACUAAAGCAAUUGAAAGUCAAAUGCAAAGAAUCUGAAUCAAAAGCUACCAUGUAUUAUAAUGAAAAACUUAAAAAGGAUAAAUUGAAUCAAUAUUUAAAAAAUCAGAUUGAAAGUUUAAAAUUUAAAGAUCCAGAAUAUAAGAAACAGAACAAAAUUACUGAAAAUGAGUAGUAAUUGAAAUAAGAUAUUGAGUACUAAAUCAUCCCUAUAUUGCUAGUUAAAAGUAAGUUUAAAUAGACACAUUGAUAAGUAGUUUGAAAGCCAAAGAUGCUCAAUACGCAGAAUUGGAUAAGAGAAUGAAGGAGUUGGAGAGAGAGCAACAGCAAAUAAUUGAUUAAUUAGAGAGAGACAGAUAAUAAUUGAAAGAAUAAUAUAAUUCCCUUAAAGAAGAAGUUGCAAUGUAAUCAGGAAGAAGGUAUGAAAAGUAUUGAUCUUUUAAUAGGAGAACUGUUUAAAAUAAUAGUUUUUUUGAAAAUAAACUUGAAAUUCUACCUGAAGGUCCAGAGAUCACAGAUCAAAAAAAGAAAUUGUUGCCUUGUGUAACUAAGGAUGAUGUAAAUUUGAUAUGCAAAUAAAUCAAAUUCAAACUGAAGGCUAUGAAAGUGCCGUUUGAAAAGAUUGACAAUGUAAUGAUAUUUGUAAAUACAUUAGUUUAUUCAUGGGGAUGCUCACUCGGUUAUUAGAAUUGAGGAAUUAAAUGAUAUGUUGUAGGAUGAACCAUUCCUGUUGAAUGAAGCCGAUAGUCUUAAGGUGGCUCGAUACUUGAUUGAAGAUAACGAUGAUAGAUUUGUUGAGUUUAGUAUGCUAACUGAAGGUCUAAUAGCAAGAGCCAAAAGUAUACUAAAGAAUUUAAUUGGAAAAUACACCCUAUUGGAAGUAAAAUAAUUGAAAUGAAUCAUAGAAAAGUGAUGAAGAUUAGCUAUUCUUUGAAAUUGGAACUGUUCUAUCCAAAUAUAGAAUCUCUUUAGAGGAUUUCAUCUUGAGAUCAAAGAAGAAACAAGAGCUUUGUACACUUGAAGAUCUUGAAGAGGCUCUUAAGUUCGUUGAACAAACAUUUAAUUCUACUUAAUAUGAAUUUUUAUUAUUGAAGAAUUACGAAUUAACACAAGAAUUAGUUCAGAUAAAUUACAAAAAGUUGUUUGAAUUGUUCUAUGUCGGUAAAUUCACCAUUUAUAUUUUUAUUAGAUUUAUAAGUUCAACAAAAAACAAAAAGUGAAAGUGAUUUACCAAAAGAAUAAGUUAAAAUUUAAAAAAAUUAAGAAUAAUAUCAUAAUGAAAACAAUGAUUUGUAAAUAUAGUAAUAAAAAUAAAAAUAAGAAGAACUUCAACAAUUAUAAUUAAAGAAAUAAAAAGAGGAAGAGGAAUAAAGGAGAUUGUUGGAGUUAUAAUAAGAGCAGGAAAGGUAGAGAUAAUUGGAAUUGGAAAGGGAGGAAGAAGAAUAAAGGAGAUUAGAAUAAUAAUGGAAGGAAGAGGAAGAGGAGAGAAAGAGGUAGGAAGAGGAAGAAAGAAUCAAGUAGGAGAAUGAAGCGAGAAGGUAAAAAUUAUUAGAAGACACGAGAAAGUAAUAAGAAGAGGAGGAGAAAUAGAGAAGGCAUCAAGAAUAACAAAGACAGUAAUAAAAGGCAGAAGAGGAAAGAUUACAUAAAUUAAAGGAGGAGGAAAGAAGAUUGCAAGAGGAACAAUUAGAGAAGUAGAAAUUGGAGGAAGAAUAGAAGAAAUUAGAAGAGGAAUAUGAAUAAUAAGCUGAGUUUGACAAGGAAUAGAAUGGAUAAGAUAACUAUGAAGAGAAUAAUGAACAAUAGUUUGACUAGUAGCGAUCGGAGUAAUAAAUUAGUGAAGCAUAAAAUAAGAGUUAGAAAGAUUAUGAGGAGGAGGAAUUUGAAUAAUGA